AUGACCAAGGGCCUCAAUGCAACUGUAAUAACUCUUAUUCCAAAAGGUACUCAUGCAGCAACAGUAGGAGACUACAGGCCCAUAUCCUGUUGUAAUACACUGUACAAAGUAACAUCCAAAAUGCUAUGCAGUAGAAUGAAAAGUGUCCUACCUACUAUAAUAUCUGAAAACCAGAGUGCUUUUGUGAAAGAAAGGUCCAUUGUCCAAAACAUCUUAAUAUGUCAAGAUUUAGUCAGACUCUACAACAGGAAAGCUGCAAUAAAGAGUUGUUUGAUAAAAAUUGAUCUUAGGAAAGCAUAUGAUACUGUUGAAUGGGAUUUUGUAAAAGAAAUUCUAUAUGGACUAAAUGGUGGAUUAUAUGGGAUCAUGGAGUGCCUCACCACUACCAGAUUUUCAAUUGCUAUAAAUGGUGGAUUAUGUGGGGAUAUAGAGGGCAAGAGAGGGUUGAGACAGGGCGAUCCUGUAUCCCCAUUCUUUGUUUGUAGUCUGCAUGGAGUACUUUACAAGAAUCAUGAGAUGAUCUGCUUAUCUUUUAGCAAAGGAGAAUUUUCUUCAAUACUGCUAAUGCUAAGGGGCCUAAAGAGUUUCUCUAUAUCUUCAGGAUUGACUACAAAUGCUUCCAAAUCUAACAUUUUUCAUGCUAAUAUGGAUAGUCGGUCUUUGGAUGAAAUAAGUGAGAUCACAAGAUAUGAAAGGGGAAGGAUUCCAUUCAGAGUUCAGUUGGUCAACUCUGUAUUGAUGCACAUUCAUUCAUAUUGGUCCUCAAUUUUCAUAUUGCCAAAGAGUGUACUGAAACAGAUGACAACAUUAUGCAGAAAUUUCCUAUGGGCAGGACAGGAGAAUACAAAUAAGACCCCUCUGAUAGCAUGGGAUCUAGUUUGUAGAUCAAAGAAGGAAGGGGGGUUGGGAGUAAUUGACUGCAUUACCUGGAAUGAAGCUACAGUAGCAAAGAGCAUAGGGAACAUAGCCGACAAAGCUGAUACUCUAUGGGGAGAAAGAUCCCAAAAUUUCAUAUAUGGGCUUAAGAAUGUCUUUCGUGUUAUGCAUGCUACUGAGAUAGAGAUGGCGAAAUUGGCAACUUAUCAGUUACAGGAUGUUGCUCACAUUUAG